AUGGAGUUAAAAUUAGAAUCAUAUGGAUUCGCAGACGAUAGAGUACUGAGGUACCUGAACGGAGCAAUAAUAAAGGAAACACCAGUACAGCAUUACUUUACACUAAAAAAUACAAGACAAAAUGAAAUAAAAAAGGAAGGAGAAGAAGAAAAGGUGGAAGUAGAUGAUAAGUUCAUAUCGGAAUUGGAUAGAGUAAACUGCAGCAACUGGAACCUGCCAGCCUCGACAAUAUGCAUGGCCUCAACAAUGUCGAUGCAGAAGGAGUUCCCACUGGAGUGGGACGAGUCGAAGGUGGAUCAAAUCAACGGAUACAACACGCUGACGAAGAUAAAGGGCAUAUUCGACAGCCUGGAAAACAAGAAGCUCCAGCUGUCACACACAGUGAACAGGCAGGAAAGCAAGACGCUCAAGUACUCAAUAUUCAACAGAAACGAGAAGCUGGAGGAGCUGUCGGAGAAGUCGGCGCAGAUGGCGGAGAAGCUGAUGAAGAGCCUGAGCCUGCAGCUCAAGUACCUGGAGAUAAUAAAGGAGAUCAAGAAGGAGUUCAAGGUGCUAGCGAGUCACAGGAACCCAGUGGACCUGAGCACGCUGGACGUGGACUACCCGACGUCCUUCUCAAUCAACGUGCUGUUCUACGACGUGGCGUACCACGUGGUUAAGACGGGGCUGUUCAACUACAACAUUUUCACGCAGUUCGAGGAGAGGGAGGUGACCAAGUACGACAUGGAGUGGAACGAGCAGGAGAACGUGUGGGAGCUGUGGGAAGGGCACGGCGCAUCGCCGUUCUCGCCGCAGAUGGGACUUAUCUCGUACUACGAGGGCGAGGAGCUGCUGACGAGGCUCACGUUCCCGCAGAGCAUAUCGCAGUUCGUCGAGGAAAACUACAUGCUCUCGAUCAACGGGAGUGAGGCGCCGCUGUACACGGACACGACGAACAAGAUCAUGUAUCACCUGAGGAGGGCAAGGGCCUGCCUGAUCGACAGGUUCAUAUACUGUGUGCUGUGCCAGUACUGCUACUCGAGCGUGAAGCUGGGCAGGUACUUUUUGAAAAUAGGAGACUCCAGAGUGUUCAUCAAGUACAUAACCUCGGAGACGCUGUAUUUGGUGUGCGAAGGAGUGGACGUGGAGGUGUCGUACAGGCCUGGAGGCAGCGAGGAGGCGGGAGAGCCGAUGUGGAAGCUGCUAGUCGCGAAACUGCGAGAUCUGCACGUGCAAAACUGGAAGAGGCAGAGGUUCAUGCUAAGCAACAAGGUGGACAACCUGCUGGGAGAAUUCCUAAAAUACACAAUUAAGCUGAUAAGAUACAAAAACAGGCUCAAUAACGGUGGGUAA